AUGAAGAAAAUGCACCUGUUGGAAAACAACGUAAUAAUGCCGUUCGCAACUCUUAGUAAUUAUACAGCAAAUCCGGAGACACUGAAUGUCACAGAGUGUCACCAAUUUCGAGAGAGGGGUUUAUUACAUAUUAGUGACGGUGCGUAUGAAUUCUUCCUGUCACUUGAGCAAGAAAGGGUAAACAAUAUUAACCUCGUAAAGUUGACGUCUCAUCAAUCCAACAUGGUUGAUAUGUCUAUAAAAGCAGUCUCAAGCAACAAAACACUAAUAAAUCAUUUUGGCGGUUUGUUUCAUUUGGAUGAAGAUGAAGAUAAGGUAUGUAUUCGCUUCUACUAAUUUUCAAUUUGGCUGCUUUGCCAUAUCGAUCUCUGAGAAAAAAAGAAAAAUCUGAGAAAUACUAUAUUUCUCUGUCGAACGUUUACACGUUGCGAUUUGUUGUGUACGAUUCGUAUUCUAUCGUAUGUAAUCGAAUAAUUAGCACGCGUAAAGUGGUUGCAUUUUGCGGCGUCUGCAGACUGCAGCAGUAAAUUCCAUACGCCAGAAUACGAAUCGCAUAAACGUAGCUUCAGUCAAUAUUAAUUUUUAGUCAAUAUUAAUUUUUAGUCAAUACACUGUUUUCUUGCCGAUCUAUCUGGUAUUAAAUCAGGAACAGGUAGGAAAAGGUAAUAUCAGUCAUCUAUUAAUCUCUGAUACAAUAUCUUUUAAAGGGUUUGGUGAGUGAGCUAUUUAUGGAGAUUGUCGAACGAUACAUGAAAAUGGGUGCAGGGCAAUUCCUACGUGAUUUUCGACGCGAUUACCACUUGAAGAAAUCUUUGGCACAUCGCAAGGCAGUACUUCAAAGAAAGGAAAAGGCGAACGAGAGGAGGAUGAAAGUGCAUUUCAAACAGAUGGAACAAGAUCGAAGUCCAGGGAAAAGAAUAUCUCACGCACGUUUGUUAUCUUUGGUAAACGAGUUAACACACAAAGGCCUAACUCUGUUGUAUACCAACGUUUAUGUGGUGCAUACAACGUUCGUUGUCUUGCUCGUUGGAACAAAGAAAAGCUAG